AUGCGCCUCAGGGCGGUUCUCCAGCUUGCUGCAGCAGCAGCAGCAACAACAGCAGCAGCAGCAGCAGACAAUGAAGAGAGUUCUUCUGUACCCUCCAGACCCAUUUGGGUGCCUCUGAAACAGGAUCAGGAGGAGCAGCAGGAAGCAGAUGCAGCAGCAGCAGCAGCAGUAGCGGAUCCCUUGGGGGCGGAGGAUAUCCUCAUCUCUCCCACCCAGUCGACAGAAGACUUCGGCAGCAGCAGCAGCAGCAGCAGCAACAGCAGCAGCAGGGACGGCCACAAUAAGGAGCAGGAUAGCUGCAAGAGUCUCUCUUCUAGUGACUUAAGCAGAAGCAGCAUCAACAACAACAGAAGCAGCAGCAGUACUCUGCCCGAUGCCUCAGCAACAGCAGCAGCAGCAGCAGCAAUAGAAGCAGAAAUAGAAGCAAGAAUGGCAGAGCUGCAGCGGAGAAUAAGCAGCUGCAAGGAUUAUCAUAACGACCCUCAAGGUUGUGCUGCUCUUGGUCGUUGUAAGCAUUAUUGGCUACCGCAGCAACAGCAGCAGCAGCAGCAGCAGCAACAGCAGCAGCAGGGUUUGUGCUUAUUAGAUGAUGUGUAUCUGCAGCAGCUAACAGACAGCAGCUGCGCCUUAGAGCCGAAAUCAACUCUUAUAUCCGUCGCUAGGGACCUACACGGGUUUGGGGCAUUGGGCUUGGAUGCCUCUGUGCUGCAUCACGUCCGCAGCAGCAGCAACAGCACCAGGCAGCAGCUAUGCCGCCUCGUUACGCAUGUUGCUGCUGCUUCUGCAGCAGCAACAGCUGCCGUCGUCUCCGUCCUCGAAUCAGCAGCACCGCAGCAGCAGCAAAAAGCUUCCCUUCCUCAGCAGCAGCAACAACAGCAGCUGCAGAAGCAGCCGUGGAGCUCCCUUAGGCCUUGGGAGAAGCUAAGAAGAAUUCUCUCUCCCUGGCUCAUAAACCCAUAG